GGUGCAUUAUAUGAGCAAAGAAAUAGACAAAAUUAUGGUUUACACCUACGAAUAAAACCAUUCUUAUUAGCAUCUGCACAAAAAAGAAUAUCAGAAAUUGUGAAGCCACUAGGAGAUCAAGUAAAACGUAUACAUACAGAUGGCUUUAUUAUAGCUAAAAAAGUAGAACUUAAAACGAGAAUAGAAAUGGGUGAGCUAAAAUUUGAGAAAAAUAGA